AUGAGACAACAAACUCCCGACCAGCCGUCGAAGCAAAAUGCCCGGAUGGAUGCUGAUGUCUUAUUUGCAAGAAGUCACAUUUUUUCACUCUUUCACUAUUUCUAUAUUUCUUUACCUCUGUUAAUUCGGCUUGUUAAGCUUUCAUUCUCUUUCUACGCGUGUCUUUCUUUCUCUCUUUCUUUCUCUCUAUUUUUUCUCUCUUUCUCCCCUUUUCUUUUCUCACUUUUCUUUUUUUCCUUUUUUUCUUUUUUCCCACUCUUUUUUUUUUUUUCUUUUUUUCUUUCUUUCUUUCAAAAUUCUUUUUUUUCUUUUCACAUUUUCUUUCAUUCUCUCUUUCUUUCAUUAUUCUUUUUCUUUCUUUCCGUUUUCUUUCUUUCUUUCUUUCUUUUUUCUUUCUUUCUUUUUUUCUUUCUUUUUCUUUCUUAUUCUCUCUCUUUCUUUCUUCCCAUUCUUUUGUUUUUCUUUUUUUUAAUUCUUCUUCCUUUCUUUCUUUUUUUCAUUAAUAUCAUUUUGUCUUUCUUUCUUUUUUCGCAUUUUUUCUUUCUUUUUCUUUUCUUUUCUUUUUUUUCUUUCUUUCUUUCCUUCUUUUCUUUCUUUUCUUUCAUUAUUCUUUCUUUUUUUUUUUUCUUUCUCUUUUCUUUCAUUAUUUUUUUUUUUUUUUCUUUUUUUCUUUCUUUUAUUCUUUCUUUCUUUUUUCUUUCAUUAUUCUUUGUUCUUUCUUUUUCUUUCUUUCUUUCUUUCUUUCUUUCAUUAUUCUUUGUUCUUUCUUUUUCUUUCUUUCUUUCUUUCAUUAUUCUUUGUUCUUUCUUUUUCUUUCUUUCUUUCUUUCAUUAUUCUUUGUUCUUUCUUUUUCUUUCUUUCUCUCUUUCUUUCAUUAUUCUUUGUUCUUUCUUUUUCUUUCUCUCUUUCUUUCAUUAUUCUUUGUUCUUUCUUUUUCUUUCUUUCUUUCUUUCUUUCAUUAUUCUUUGUUCUUUCUUUUUCUUUCUUUCUUUCUUUCUUUCUUUUUCUUUCUUUCUUUUUCUUUCUUUCAUUCUUUGUUCUUUCUUUUUUUCUUUCUUUCUCUUUCUUUCAUUAUUCUUUGUUCUUUUCUUUCUUUUCUCUUUCUUUCUUUCUUUCUUUAUUCUUUGUUCUUUCUUUUCUUUCUUUCUUUCUUUCUUUCAUUUUCUUUUGUUCUUUCUUUUUUAUUCUUUCUUUUUUUUUCUUUCAUUAUUCUUUGUUUUCUUUCUUUUUCUUUCUUUUUCUUUCUUUCUUUCUUUCAUUAUUCUUUGUUCUUUCUUUUUCUUUCUUUCUUUCUUUCUUUCAUUAUUCUUUGUUCUUUCUUUUUCUUUCUUUCUUUCUUUCUUUCAUUAUUCUUUGUUCUUUCUUUUUCUUUCUCUCUUUCUUUCAUUAUUCUUUGUUCUUUCUUUUUCUUUCUUUCUUUCUUUCUUUCAUUAUUCUUUGUUCUUUCUUUUUCUUUCUUUCUCUCUUUCUUUCAUUAUUCUUUGUUCUUUCUUUUUCUUUCUUUCUUUCUUUCUUUCUUUCAUUAUUCUUUGUUCUUUCUUUUUCUUUCUUUCUCUCUUUCUUUCAUUAUUCUUUGUUCUUUCUUUUUCUUUCUUUCUUUCUUUCUUUCAUUAUUCUUUGUUCUUUCUUUUUCUUUCUUUCUUUCUUUCAUUAUUCUUUGUUCUUUCUUUUUCUUUCUCUCUUUCUUUCAUUAUUCUUUGUUCUUUCUUUUUCUUUCUUUCUUUCUUUCUUUCAUUCUUUCUUUUGUUUCUUUCUUUUUCUUUCUUUCUUUCUUUCUUUUCUUUCUUUCUUUUUCUUUUUCUUUCUUUCUUCUUUUUUCUUUCUUUUCUUUUCUCUCUUUCUUUCAUUAUUCUUUGUUCUUUCUUUUCUUUUUUUUUUCUUUCUUUCUUUCUUUCUUUCUUCUUUUUUUUUCUUUUUUCAUUUUCUUUCUCUUUUCUUUCUUUCUUUCAUUAUUCUUUGUUCUUUCUUUUUUUUCUUUCUCUUUCUUUCUUUCUUUCAUUUUCUUUUUGUUCUUUCUUUUUUCUUUCUUUCUUUUUCUUUUUUUCAUUAUUCUUUGUUCUUUCUUUUUUUCUUUUUUCUUUCUCUUUUCUUUCAUUAUUCUUUGUUCUUUCUUUUCUUUCUUUCUUUCUUUCUUUCAUUAUUCUUUGUUCUUUCUUUUCUUUUUUCUUUCUUUCUUUUCUUUCUUUCAUUAUUCUUUGUUCUUUCUUUUCUUUCUUUCUCUUUCUUUUCUUUCAUUAUUCUUUGUUUUCUUUCUUUUUUCUUUCUUUCUUUCUUUCUUUCUUUCUUUCAUUAUUCUUUGUUCUUUUCUUUUCUUUCUUUCUUUCUUUUCUUUCUUUCUUUCAUUAUUCUUUGUUCUGUUCUUUCUUUUUCUUUCUUUUUUCUUUCUUUCUUUCUUUUUUUUCUUUAUUCUUUCUUUCUUUUCUUUCUUUUUCUUUUCUUUCUUUUUCUUUCAUUAUUCUUUGUUCUUUCUUUUUUUUCUUUCUCUCUUUCUUUCUUUCAU